GGAAAAUCUGGGAGAGGACAGGUGGCAGAAUCUGGUUGAGGAGGUGGUCCACAGGCGACCGGCACCCAGUGACACCUCUGUUUUUUGGAAAGAGGCAACUGCUAGGAAGGGCAGGCCCAGACUGACCGCUAAGUGGCUCCUGAGGCCGAGGGGGCAGGCAGACUGAGCCCCACCCUCACCCCCGCUGGACCCCAGCAGGGGCCUUUCUCAGAGGCCCACUGGCCGCAACUGGCCAGGCCACAAAAGCUGCCGCCCCGUGGACCCCCUCCCUGGCAGUCUCUCCAGAGGGGGCUCCCUUGAUGCCCUGGGCUCCCAAGAAUCCUGGCAGUCCUGGGGGCGCCUCAGAGGACCCCAGCCCCGAGGCUGGGUCUCGGGGUCAAAGAAGGGGGUCGCAUCAGCUCUGAGGUCACAGAGGCCCUGUCUCCCCCUUGCCAGGCUGCCCAGCCGAAGAGAGGCUACCCCAUGGUGCCCUGGGCCACCCUGGCCCUCGUGGCCACCAAUGUGGCCUUCUUCUGCCGCCCCAUCCGCCCCCCCAGCGGGGCCUGCCUGAGUGUGCAGUCCGUGUGGGGCCAGGGCCAGUGGGGCCGGCUGCUCUGGGCCCCCUUCCACCACCUGGGCCUCUUCCACCUGCUCCUCAACAUGGCCACCCUCCUCUGGCUGGGCUGGGCCCUGGAGCAGGAGGUCGGCACCCUCCGGGCGGGGGCCCUGCUGCUGGCCCUGGCCCUGCUGGGGGGGCUGCUCCACCUGGGGCUCAACUCUCUGCUGGCGCUGGUGACGGGGCAGACGUGGUACCGGGAGCACUGCGCGGUGGGCUUCUCAGGGGUCCUCUUUUCCCUGGAAGCGAUGGGCCGGCAGGCGGAGGCCUUCCCCGUGGCAACCAUGGCUGCGGGCAUCACCCUGACGACCAGGUGGCUCUGCGUUCUGGAGUGCCUGGCUCUGGCCCUCUUCUACCCCAGCAGCUCCUUCACCGGUCACCUCUCCGGCCUCCUGCUUGGGCUGACUCUGUCCAGCACCGACCUGCUCAGCGAGAUCAUCUGAAGGACAUGCCCCCCCCAGUCCCGUCCCGGCUCCGGGGUGGGCGAAGCAGGAAGAGGCGGCCAGGCACACCCUCCCCAAAUAUAGCCCUCCCCACGUGGCUCUGCCUCAGUGGUCUCUGUGGGUGGGGAGGAGCCACACUGGCCUCGCCCUCCAGCCGGCCCUUGCAAUGGACCCCCCCCCCACAGCAGAAUGUCAGGUUGGGUUCCUGGCAGGAGCUGCUCUGCACUGGCCUUCCAGCACAGGCGCCCUGAGGCCACUGCUGAAGGAAGGCCAGGACACCCCCUCCCCAAUUGGCUCAGCCUCUAAGCCAGUGGUUCUCAACCUGUGGGUCGGGACCCCAUUUGGGGUCGAACGACCAUUUCACGGGGUCGCCAA